AAGAUGUCCAUUUCUCCGCCAUAAUUCGUAGAUCCGACUCAAGUUCCUCAUUUUUCUCUUUUGUUUUCUGCUUUAUUAUUGCUCGCAAUCGGACUUCCAUUCGUUGCAUUUAAGUCAUGAAUUGUUGAUCUCAUGUUGAUGAUCAUUUUUGUCUGUUUGAAUAUCUAUGGCGUCUUGAGACGACCAUUCUGAUGGACAUAAAUAAUGCUGGGUGUGAUUGUCAGCGGUCGAAAUUUACAGUUCGCGGCUAGAUAGAUGUAGAGCUACGAUAGAAGUCAUUUUUUUUGUUUGAUUGGUUUGAAGAACGGAUUGAUUUGAUUGAGAAGUCUGGCAUUUUGGAAGAAAAUCUGGUUUCGUACAUAAGGCUGGAAAAAGGAAGGGAAGGGAUGCUGAUAUUUGGGAUGCCUGAUUAUAUAUGUUUUAUUGUCUUGGGUGGUUAAUUGGUUUGAGUUGUAAAAGUGCACCACUGAACAAGUUAUUCAAUGCAAAACCGCAUCUUGCUAAGGUCAAGCUGGAGGCCAUGUUGCACGCUAUGCAAGAGAUUGCAAUUUACAUCCAUAGGUUUCACAAUCUUGAUCUAUUCCGACAGGGAUGGUACCAAAUUAAGGUUACCAUGAGAUGGGAGCAUGGUGAGAACACUUCAAACGCUACUCCAGCUAGAGUUGUUCAGUAUGAAGCUCCUAGUCUUGGCUCUGAUGCCGCUGUAAAUGGAGUGUGGAGGAUUGAUGAUAAAGACAAUAGUUUCUCUACACAGCCUUUUCAAAUCAAAUAUGCAAGGCAGCAUGUUCCCAUAUCUAUCAUGGUUGCAUUUGACCUUCCUCUUAGUAAAAAUGGGGGGCCUUCGUCAUCAGCUAUCAUUAUGAAGUUUGAGCUUUUGUAUGCUUCCAUAUGGGAGAAUGGUUCUGAGUUUCAGGCUUCUAUAAAUUCUUCCCCAGCUGCGAUCCAUGAGUUUAGAAUACCUCCUAAAGCUCUUUUAGGGCUGCAUUCAUAUUGCCCUGUCCAUUUUGAUGCAUUUCACUCUGUACUUGUUGAUGUGACUGUUCACAUCAGUCUGCUAAAAGCUGGUUCUAACAAGGCCGUCCUGAAGCUACCCAGUGUUUCUUACACUGCAUGUGAAGAUGUUGCCGAUGAAAGCAUUCUUGGAUCUGGUCAAGAAAUGGGGCAAGUUGCUGAUCCAAGACUGAUAUCACUUUUUAAAGCCUUGUUAAUUGCCCAUGACACGUUACUUGAGGAGCUUCAGAGAAUUGGGAAUGGUAUUGACAAAACUGUUGAUUUGGCUGAAUUCAAAUCAAAAAUAAAUAAUAUGAAUAUUCUUCAAGCAAAACUGGGAGCUGUGGUUGGUGAAGUUUCAGGACAAGGCAAGCCACAAAAUGGUCUUGAGAGACAGAGUGGCACAUUAGAAUUUAGAAGUGAUAACUUGGUCCACUACUUGUCCAAGGAUGAUGUAUUUAAAAUGUUUCAUUUGUUGGGUGAUCAAGUAUUAUACCUAUGGAACAUUUUUCUGAUGUUCCACAGGGAAAAUAAAACAAAGAUAUUGGAAUUUCUUCAUGAUGCAUGGGCUAAGGAUAGAAGAGCCGAAUGGUCGAUAUGGAUGGUUUACUCUAAGGUUGAUAUGCCUCAUCAUUAUAUAAAUGGUGGAUUUGAUGAGGCUUCCCACCAUGUUGUGUAUAAAAAAGGUUCAAGUUUGAGGAAACUAACUGAUGAUCCUGCCCAGCUGGCAGCUAUGCGUGCUGAUCUUCACAGACGAAGCAUUGCACAGAUGAAAAUGAAUAACCAGUCAAUCCAAGACAUGUAUAUAUUUGGAGAUCCUUUAAGAAUUCCGAUAUUAAUCGUAGAACAUGUGAUGAAUGCACAUCGUCGUGCUUUUAGUGACGAUUCAUACCUGAGGAAUUUAGACCUGAUAGAUACUUCUAGCUUACUUACUGGAGCUUGUUCUGAAGCUGAGGAAAAGCAACCUAGCAAGAGCCUUCCAGAAAAUGGCCGUGAUUUAAAGAUUGCUGUCUUUGUGCAUGGGUUUCAGGGGCAUCAUCUAGAUUUACGGCUUGUUCGGAAUCAAUGGCUUUUGAUAGAUCCCAAUGUUGAGUUUCUUAUGUCAGAGGUAAAUGAGGAUAAAACAUCUGGAGACUUCAGAGAAAUGGGACAAGGGUUGGCCCAAGAGGUGAUUUCUUUCAUUAAGAAGAAAAUAGAUAAAGUUUCAAGGUCUGGAAGCUUGAGAGAUAUUAAGCUAAGUUUUAUUGGGCAUUCUAUUGGAAACAUCAUAAUAAGGACCGCAUUAGCAGAGAGCAUUAUGAAGCCAUACUUAAGAUACUUAUAUACAUAUGUAUCUCUCUCUGGUCCACACCUGGGAUAUCUAUACAGUUCAAAUUCUUUAUUCAAUUCUGGGCUAUGGCUCUUGAAAAUGCUCAAAGGAACACAAUGCAUUCAUCAGCUCACAUUUACAGAUGAUCCUGACCUCCGUAAUACCUUCUUCUACAAACUCUCUAAGAAGAAAACACUGGAAAAUUUCAAGCAUAUAAUCCUCUUGUCUUCGCCCCAGGAUGGUUAUGUUCCAUAUCAUUCAGCCAGAAUCGAAACAUGCCGAGCAGCAUCAAUGGACUACUCCAAAAAGGGCAAAGUAUUCUUGGAGAUGUUAAAUGACUGUUUGGACCAGAUACGGCGCCCAACCUCUGAGCACCGGGUGUUCUUGCGGUGUGAUGUCAGCUUCAAUACAACAGCCUAUGGUAGAAACCUGAACACAUUAAUUGGACGGGCAGCUCAUAUUGAGUUUCUGGAGACAGACAUAUUUGUGCGUUUCAUCAUGUGGUCAUUCCAAGAUCUAUUCCGUUAAACUGUUUUGACCAACCCUAGCCUGGUACUAGAUAUGGUGCCAUGUCCUCUGGUUCCCAAGCAUUACCAGGUUAACUAUGUUUCCAUCAGAAGGUUGUAUCUCAAUCUUGCUGAUAUGAAUUACAGGAGCAUUAUAAUAAAGCUAGCAUAUGUUUUUUAGCUCAGCCAGCAAGUCAUGAAACAUUAGGCAGUAGAUGGCGUCUAGAAAACCAACAAUGUAAUUACCCUCAGGAAUCGAAAAUAAUUGACUAACAAUUAAUGUUAGGGUCCCUAAUAUUAUUGCUGAGUACGAGCAGCAGUAAUUUAAGUGAUAGAAGCCUGUGUUAAUGUGUAUGAGGAUGAUGCUAUGAUGAGUAAGAAGGAUCGCCUGUGUCCCAUUCACCAAACGGGUUUUUUUUUUUUGACAAAAAGAAAUUAAGUGUUAGAUU